GUGUGUUCGCCGCCAGACGCCAUACUUCGCUUCAAUGAGCAAGCGUACCUUCUCCGCCCUCCCAGCCCCGAGCUCUCUUAUCGCCUAUUCUACUGAUUCUCGUCAAUUAGCAUUACUUGAUGAUGAUUCUCAUUCAAGAAGCCGCAUGAAAAAGAAAAGAAGUAGGUGGUCGAAUGAUGACUCUUGCAAGACUUUCAUCCCUGGCAUGCCGACCCAGCUACCACCGAACCUUACGCCAGAUCAAGAGAGAAUUUACAUACUGCAGCUACAGGUUGAGGACCUAACUCGACGACUAAAGACAGGAGAUUUAGGUGUACCAAAAAAUCCCGAUGACAGGCUCCUUGUGCUCAAUUCCAGAUCACCUUCGCCGGAGCCUAUUUAUAGCAACGAUGGUAAACGUUUGAAUACGCGAGAGUAUCGGACACGGAAAAAAAUGGAAGAUGAUAGACAUGCACUUAUCCAAAAUUUGCGGGAAUUGAAGCCGGAGUAUCAGGCUCCAAAUGAUUAUAAACCUCCCCAGAAUCGUAUCACGGAUAAGGUGUGGAUCCCACAAGAAGACAAUCCUCACAUAAAUUUUGUUGGACUCUUAAUUGGCCCUAGAGGAAAUACUUUGAAAGCCCUAGAAAAAGAUACUAGCGCCAAGAUCAUUAUCCGUGGCAAGGGUUCUGUUAAAGAUGGG